GUCGGCGCUUGCGCUUGCGCUUGGCACGGCGACCUCGGCGACGAUGUUGGGCUCAUGAACGCACUAACAACUCACUCCUCACGCGAUACUUAAACACCAACACCGGCCGCUGUUGCCCCCACCUCGGCACGACGACCAUGACGCGCCUCUCCAACGUCGGCCAGCGCCUCUCCCAGUUCCAAGUCGGCAAGUUUCGUUACAACUCGCCAUGGACGCAGGUCGCGCUCGUGGGCUUUGUGUGCUUCUGCUCCGUGGGCAUGUUUAGCGCCAUCUCCAACCUCGGCGCGGGCGGCACCCAGGACGUGACGACGAGCAACAUCUCCAAUGGUGUGCUGUACGGCGUCUUCGCUAUCUCCGGCUUCUUCGCGGGCUCAAUCAACAAUGUCCUCGGCCCCCGCCUCACCCUCUCCAUCGGCACCAUGGGCUACUCGCUCUACCUCGGCUCGCUGUGGGCGUUCCAGGUGCACGGGUCCAAGGCGUUCCUCAUCGCCGCCGGCGGCAUCCUCGGCUUCACAGCGGCCUUGUUGUGGUCGGCGCAGGGCGCCAUCAUGCUCUCGUACCCGAUGGAGAAGGACAAGGGGCGUAGCUUCUCGCUCUUCUGGACCAUCUUCUCUAUGGGCGGUGUCGUCGGCUCGGGGAUCACCCUCGCGCUCGAGGCCAAGCAGUCGGCCGGCGGCGCCGUGUCGACCGGCGUCUACCUCGCCUUCAUCAUCAUCAUGCUUACGGCGAUCUUCUCGUCGUGGCUCAUCCUGCCGCCCAACUACGUCGUCCGCGGGGACGGCACCGUCGUCGAGCUCCAGGCCGCCCUCUCCGUCGCCCGGGAGACCAAGGAGUUCUUCAAGCUCUUCAAGGACUGGCGCAUGCUUGCCUUGUUCCCCAUGUUCUUUGUGUCGAACUAUUUCUACGCCUACCAGGCAUCCAUCAUCUCGGCGAUGUUCGUCCCGCGCGCCCGCGCCCUCGCGUCGCUCGUGACCAACGUUGGCGCCGUCAUCGGCGCGAUCCUCAUCGGCCUCCUCCUCGACAUGCUCCCCGGCAACCGCCGCAAGCGCACGCUCAUCACAUUCUUCAUCCUCGUGCUCGGCCAGGCCGUGAUGUGGGGCUCGGGCAUCGCCUGGCAGCGCCAGUGGGAGCGCAAGGAGCAUGGUGGGCCCGCCAAGGGUCUCCAAAUGGACUGGGACACCGGCAAGGCGCCCGGCAUCUUCUGCCUCCUCCUCGGAUACUACCUCGUCGACGCGGCGUACCAGGGCCUCGCGUACUACAUCAUGGGCAGCAUCACCAACGACUCAUUCCGCCUUGCACGCAUGACCGGCUACUACAAGGGCGUGCAGAGCGCGGGCGCCGCCGUCUCGUACGGCAUGGACGCCGUGCACACGCCCUACCUUACUUCGGUCAUCGUUGUCUUUUGCAUGAUCAUGUUCACGUUCAUCACCACGUUCCCCGUAGUCUGGGUCACGCGGUGCUCGGACGAGGAAAAGGAGCAAAAGCCCGAGCACCAUGUUUGGGACCUCCCCGCGGCGGCUGACGGGCACCGCCCGUCAAUCGCUGUGCCUGGAGCAGCGGAGAUUGAGCGCCAAAUCUCGCGGAAGGGUUCGAUGAGCAAGGACGAGCACGUGCACCGCGAGGACACGGUUUGAUAUGUCAUUGUAGUAUUGUUGUCCCGCAUAUCAUGGAAUUGUUGCCACC